UUACGACUGUCCACCCUUAUUAACACUCGCGUACUUGACUACACUCCCUGGUUCUCCGGGGUGGACCCUUCAACCCGACCAGGAGUCACUUCCCCGAAUAGAAGUCUUCUCAAACGAGUCCUACUCCCGUCCGAAGAUGUCUGCUAAAGUCUGUCAAGAAGCUGUUGAACACUCGGGACAGCUCAAACUCUUCUCCGCUGUGUUUUACGCCGGCAGUUCGUUUCUUAUAACGGUGGUGAACAAAACCGUGCUGACUACUUUCAGGUUUCCUUCUUACAUGUGUCUGGGAAUUGGACAGAUGGCUGCCACACUUAUUGUACUGUAUGCUGCCAAAAUGAGCAAAACAGUCCAAUUUCAAGAUUUUGACAAAAGUAUUCUCCUCAAAAUGUUCCCCCUGCCUUUGCUGUAUGUUGGAAACCAUAUUACAGGACUUGCAAGCACAAAAAAACUCAGUUUACCAAUGUUUACAGUCUUAAGGAAAUUCACCAUAUUGAUGACAAUGAUCUUGGAAGUAUAUAUACUAAGGAAAACAUUUCCAAAACACCUCGUAUUCAGUGUUGCUGCUAUAGUCCUUGGUGCCGUGGUUGCUGCAAGCUCUGACCUGGCAUUCGAUGUACAGGCAUAUACGUUCAUCCUGCUUAAUGAUGUCUUCACUGCUGCCACCAGUGUCUACACCAAGAAGAAAAUUGGCAUUGAGGGUCUUGGAAAGUAUGGCGUCUUAUAUUACAAUGCACUAAUCAUUAUCAUCCCCACGCUCAUGGCAAGUGCAUAUACUGGAGAUUUACACAAGGCAGUCACAUUUGACGACUGGGUUGAAGCCACAUUUAUCUUCUGCUUCCUAAUGUCCUGUCUUAUGGGGUUUGUGCUGAUGUACUCCAUAGUCCUGUGCAGCUAUUACAACUCAGCGCUUACUACCGCAGUUGUGGGAGCCAUAAAGAAUGUUGCAGUAGCCUACAUUGGCAUCUUUGUGGGAGGAGACUAUCUGUUCUCUUGGACCAACUUCCUAGGUCUCAGCAUUUGUAUGUCAGGUGGACUAAUGUACUCAUACCACACCUUUAACAACAAAUCAUCUGGAGCUAACACUGAAGGAGCACAGGAGCUGAAGAUUCAUAUCUCAGAAGAUUCAAAGGGGAGGUGCCCUGUGAACUAAAUGGACUCUAUUAUGUCUUUCACCACUGGGUGGCAUUGUUCUGCUCCAUAUUGGAGCAUGUUAAGUCUUGUGAACUUUUAUGAUUACAAUAAUUUUACAUAUUUUAAUUGAUGUCCCUGAAAUGUUACCAGUUAUUUAUAUUUACAUUUUUACAAUGAAACCAUGACUGAAUAAAUGGACAAGAAAUGCACAUAUUAACAGUAUGUUGAGUGAAUGUUUAUUGAAGACCAGCAGUUAUGAAACUGUGGACAGUCUGUCAAGAGAGAUCUUAUCUUUGAAAUGUGGAAUAAAAUGUCUACCAAGCAA